AUGCAUAUCCAUUUAAAUGUGUCUUCUGUGCGUCUUGUUGUGGUUCUAUUUUUCCAAUGUCAGUAUCUGCAUCUAUGUAUAUGCGCCUGGUUAUUUACUAAACUCAGGAUAGUCUGGCAUAAGGCCACGUCAGUGGAGCGCCAAAAGAAAAAUGAUCUUCGACUCAUAAUUGUACGCCAAUCAUUCAAUUAUCUAUCUAUCUAUAUAUCUAUCUAUCUAUCUAUGUAUGUUUGUUCAUUUUCUAUUUCAAUUCAUUCAUUUCUAUCUAUCCAUCCAUCUAUUUUUCUAUCCAUCUAUCUAUCUGAUUAUUUUCUAUCUAUCUAUCUCGGGCUGUUAAUAUCUAUUUCAGUUUGUUCAUAUCUAUCUAUCUAUCUAUCUAUUUAUCUAUCUAUCUAUCUAUCUAUCUAUCUCAGUCUGUUCAUUUUCUUUCUGUUUAUCUUAACAAAAUGUUUUAACGUAUCUGACCCAUUUCGCACUCUUUCUCUCUCUCUUUCGUUCUCUCUCUCUCUCUCUUUCGUUCUCUCUCUCUCUCUCUCUCUCUCUCUCUUUCUUUCGUUCUCUCUCUCUCCUUUUACACUUUUUUCUCUUUUGUGA